GCUUUGCCCGCCCUCGGCGGCACUGAGGAUGGGGAGGCGAGGGACGCGCUCGGCUCCUGCCGGGCUCGCGGUGAUGCACCGGGACUGCUCCGGGGGCCGGCGCGCUUUGGUCAAAAAGAAGAAAUAACCACUAACAGCUGGAACAUACAUCUCCUCCACUCUGGCUAGGCAGGAACAAUGGAGACUUCUGAUGGAGAAAGUUUGGGUGUAGCCACCUCCACCACUUCUGAUGAGUUUGAUGCAGUUGUUGGCUAUCUGGAGGAUAUCAUAAUGGAUGAUGAUUUCCAGUUAAUACAGAGGAAUUUUUUGGAGAAGCACUACCAGGAGUUUGAUGACUCAGAAGAAAACAAGCUCAUCUAUACAGACAUUUUUAAUGAAUAUAUCUCUUUAGUAGAGAAAUACAUUGAAGAGAAGUUGCUUGAUCGGAUUCGUGGGUUUGAUAUGGUUGCUUUCACAGUGUCAUUGCAACAACACAAAGAUGAAAUGCCAGGUGAUAUAUUUGAUCUGCUUCUCACAUUUACAGACUUUCUGGCUUUCAAAGAAAUGUUCUUGGAAUACAGAGCUGAAAAAGAAGGUCGGAGUCUGGAUUUAAGCAGUGCGUUAGUGGUGACUUCAUUAAACCAUUAAACAAGUCA